AUGCCCACGGUGCCCAACUUCGACAUCCCGGACUCUCCUCCGCUGCCACCAAUGAACAGCGAGGAAGCGGCCACAUUGGCAGCAGCGACUAGAAAAUUCGAGCGUUUCCUAGAGUUGAAGAAGCAAGGCGUGCACUUCCAUGAUCGCUUGCAGAAGAGUGCGGCGCUACGAAAUCCAACUCUACUGCCGAAGCUGAUGGAGUUCGCGGGGAUGACUCAGGAGGAAAGCUACGUAAGCACGUUACCAGCGGACCUUGGCGUACCGACGCGCUGGGCAGCGGACCAAUACGUCGACGAGCUUGUGAGAGCGAAUGAACGGAGGGAGAAGAAGCGGAAGGAGGGACGGGACAAGAUUGACUUUGUGUCUGCUGCAGGUGGUGCCAAAUCUUCCGCCUCGAGCGCCGUGAGUACACCAAACAAGAGUCAUACUGUGGACGGAGACGGCAAGAGGAGCCGGUUUGAUAACAGGUAG